UUGAGAACUUUCUCAUGAAAAUUUCCGUGUUAACAAUCAUUUUGUUUGUGUUAUCGGUGACCGCAACCACAAGCGCUGUCCCGCUAAAACCAGUCACAAAUUACGACCCGUUAAUAUUUAUAUCAAACCCCAUAGAAGCUAACUUACCCAGCCACUGGAUGCCACUAAGCAUUGCUAAAAUUGCUCUUAACAAACCAGUGGAAAACAAUGGUAAUAGAGUUCUUAAACUCCCAAUACUCUAUGAGAGAAUAAGCACAUUAGUACCUACUACUAAGGAACCUAAAACGCCGAAAACUACUACUACUAAUGAUGAUGAUGAAGUAAUAUAUCCUAAAUCAGUGCCUACUAAGACACCAAUUCCAAAUAAAACGCCCAACCCUGGCUACAAAACAACUAAUAAAAGAGCUGACGAAGUUGUAAGGCCUACUCAGAAACCAAUUGAAAACAAAACACCUAGAACUGGUUCCAAAACAAGUAAUGAAGAGGCCGAUGAAGACAAAAACUCUAAAAUAAGGCCUACCAAGAAACCAAUUAGAAACAAAACGCCCGAAAAAGCUGACGAAACAAGUAAUGAAAAAUCUGAUGAAAAUAUAUGGCCCGAUAAGGAACAUUUUAAAAAGAAAACACCCAAAACUGCAAACAAAACAAAUAAUAAAGAAACAACAACAACAGCAGAACCAGCACCAGAAUCAGGAACAGAAAUGAAAAAAAAGCGUAGAACAACAUCGAAACCACAAGAGUUCGGUUUGGAUACCGUUAGUAACCCUAUAAACGGAUAAAGCUAGUAAUAAACCAAGGCUCGGAACCGGUUUAUUUUUUACCGGUUAAAACCGGUUUAUUUAGAUUUUACUCCGAACUUUGUAAAGAACGCGAACGUUAUGAGAACUUUAUUUUAACCGAAAUAAACCGGUUUAUUCGACGAGCGGCGAGACGCACCGGCGUCGUGUAAGUACAUACGUUCACACGACGGCUUUUUUGUUUGGUUAGAAUAUUAAUUACCUAUUAUGCCACGGAAUAAACCGGUUUAUUUUGUUUUGAACCGGUUAAUCGAACGAAACCUUUAUGAAAGCGUUCCCCUUAAAACCGGUUUAAAAAUAGCGGUUUUUCGAGCGAAAACGAAAUUUAAAGGUUUUGCCGCAUGUACAUGAUAACGGUUUGGUUUAAAUUUAACCGGUAUCCGAGCCCUGUAAUUAUCCCGAUGUUGUACCUAUCUUUAAAAAAACAGUGAUAUAAUUUAAAAUCUAAAUUAUUUAUUUUCCUACUACUAUUACGAAUACCUAUACGAAUACAAGACUAAUUAUGAAAGGCUACUUAUUCUUGCACCGAACGGUACACUAUAUGGCCCAAAAGCCCGAUCUGGGGGGACAAAAAGGGUUGGGUCACUUUGAUUCUUUAAUAGUACUUGCAAAAACGAUUGCAUAUGACCUGAUCAUGAUUCCGUUGACCAUUUUGCGUGUAAAUCCACCAAUAAUUGAUAAUUUAUCCGGAAGUGUCAUAAUGAUUAAAUUUCCGU